GGGGCUUGCCGCCGGCGGAGGGCGGGGCCGCGCGGGCCUUCCCUGGGCCGAGCUGCGCUGCGGGGUUUUGGCCAAAUUGGGCACAAAAUAGCCACUUACCCCUUCUCACCGAGGAAGAGCGGGAGAAAGGGUAUGGCGCCGGCUCAGGGCUGGGCGAGACGGUACUUCAAGGCCUUCUGUAAAGGCUUCUUCGUGGCGGUGCCGGUGGCCGUGACCUUCCUCGACCGGGUGGCCUGCGUGGCGCGAGUGGAGGGAGCAUCCAUGCAGCCCUCGUUGAAUCCUGGAGGGAGCCAGUCGUCCGACGUGGUGCUUCUGAACCACUGGAAAGUGAGGAACUUGGAAGUCCAGCGCGGUGACAUUGUGUCAUUGGUACUUCAGUCCAGCAGCUAGAAGCACUGCCAGGAACUGUGAGACCAGUAUGAGGUGUACUGCUCCGGGUUCCCCAAGGAAGUUACAAAUGUGGUGAGAACAUACAGGAAGCGGUUAUAAGUGAGAACGAGAAUCCCGUCCAAGAAUAAAGAUGAGCGGUGUAAAUGAUGGGUGUGAUUAAACACAUGGGGAACUUAGAGACUUGAAAUCAUUUUCUGAAUUAAUUAGCAAAUAUUGUAUAGAUAAUUAUGUUAUAAUAUAUUACACUUUCAUAUGAAAGUAGAGUUUGUAUAUCAUAUAUAGCAUGUGUGAUUUUGGCACAUGGGUAUUACUCGGGGACCUCCUAUAUUUGACCUGCUCUGAGAUAGAACUGGAAUGUUGCAUAUAUGGACAUGUUCUGCAUGAACUUCAGGACUAAGUGAGAAAAAAUGGAACUAAAACACAGGACUCACUGACCUGAGAGUAAUGAUAAAUCUAUUAAAAUAAGUAUUUUAAAAAAUAGUAACAUUUAUGAUAGAGCUCUCAGCAAAAUCAGCAAAUGUUUAAAAAAAAACCUAAAAAUGUUUGUUCUUUGGGUAUUCACUCCACUUCCGCGCAGGGCACGCUGUUGACUGCCGUUCUCCUCUGUGCUGCCCCCACCAGGGACUUGCUGCCUUGGAGGCGGCUGCUCCAUGGGUAUGUGGGAUCCUCUCCUGUAGGAACGUGAGUGCGCGUGUCCUGUGGACACUGACUUCUCAUCACUCCGCCGCAGUGGCAAUGCUAGCGUUUCAGGAGAGCGUCUCUGUUAAUAGCAUCUUC